AGUGCGAGGACGACCGCCGCCGUGUCGCGUUACGUACUGUUCUUCAGCGGUCUGGUGUGCGUGUGCUUGUGUGUGUGUGUGUGCGCGCGCGCGCGCGCCAUUCCGUCAGCGUUCUUUUUUUUGACCGUCGGCCGGGCCUGGGUUUCCCCGCGGGGCCCGUGAAAAAGCGCGCCAAAAACCGACCCGCGAUCCGUCGUCAUGGACGUCAAGAAACGGUACAUAUGGUCCGACCGGGAGACAGAACACUUCAUCAGACUCAUCAUAGACAUGGGAAUGACCAACAUGCUGGACAGCAAGAGGAAAAGGAAUUCGGAUCUUUAUUCCAGUCUGGUUGAACCAAUGGCAGCGGCUGGUUUCAAUAGAGAUGCGACGCAACUUAGGACCAAGUGGAAACACUUGAAACAAGAUUACAAAUUAGAGUUGGUGAGAAUUGAUAAAAACGGUGCAGCGAGUUCAAGGAUGUCGUACUUUCAUUUGCUCCACGAAGUAUUGAGCUGCAAACCAAGCAAUGCCAUGACGUACCUCUGUGAAGUUGUUUCGAAUUCUCCUCCACGGCUCGACACCGUAGAAAGCAUCAAGACUGAAUACUUAGACGACAUGAAAAUGGAAACGGACUACUACAGAGUGACCGAACCGCAGGUGGACAUCAUCCAGUCGUGCGACGUGCAAACUCAGACGGAAGGCACGCCGGAACAGCACCUGCUUCAAAAGCUGCACGCGUUGGAGAACAGCAUCAACGUCCUGAGGGAAGACUGGCGGCGAGAUCGGGAGAUGCAAAACGUGCUGAUGGAAAAGCACGCGAGGAGGAUGUUGGAGCACCAGAAAACGUUGAUGGACAAUUUCUUCGCCAAGACCAAAUCGCACACGUUGAGAACCAAAACUAAAGACUGAAACGGUUCGCGUGUAGUAUUCGAUGCGUCGCUGCAGCAGAACCACUAAAGUUGCAGCGUCGACGUCAUCGAAACCCGCGAUUCAUCGAUGUCCUCUCAAUAAGGACAUAUUAUUAUUAUUAUGAAACUCGUAUGUUGUCGUUAUUGAUGAUACGUACCCCUAUAUAUAUAUAUAUUUUUAAUUUCCCACUGUAUGUUUAUGUAUUCACAUUAAUGUUUAUAGCAUGUGUAAAUAUACGUUUGUACCAAAAUUUAAAACUAUUAUGUCGUAGUAAUAAUAAUUAUAACUAUAAGACAGUACAUAAUAUUGCUCGGUAUGUAUAUAAUAUUAUAUAAUAAUAACCAUUAUCACUGAGCUAAAUAAAAAUUGUUAAUCGUGUCGUGUA